AUGUCUCGUACGGUGACUGACAAUGAUCGAGUGUCCAACAACUGCAUGAAUAUAAAUCGUACCGACAAGCAAUUCGACGGCAGAUGGUUCAAUGCCGAUUCACAUGACAAGUUAACAAGUCAACGGACACAGAGUUCAUCGACUGCAUCAUUACCCAGAAAAAAAGUCUGUCGAUCUCGAAAUAGUUCCUAUUCAUCACAGAGUUCAACUCAAUCUAAUUUUCAACUCUGUCAUUAUGAAUCCACAUGCUAUAAACAAGAUUGCUCAUUCCAGCACCUACCUGGUGAUCGCGUGUGGGAUGAUAGAAUUCAAUGUGACGAUUAUGAAUGUACAUCUAAUUAUCCACCAGGUCGUCCAAAUCGAUGCUCAAAUAGCAAUACAUACUCCAAAGUCGACUAUCGAUUAUUACACCCCAAUACACAUUCGGUUGAAUGUAUCGAUGGAGCAGAUUGUCGUGUUUUUCAGUGUCGUGCGUGGCAUCCACCUAAUCGCUCGAAGCAGUGUUCUUACGGUAAACGAUGCAACAACAUAACAUGCCUCUGUCUUCAUCCACAUGGUCGAUCAUUGAAUUGCAAAGAAGGUAUAAAUUGUGAUAAUGUGAGCUGUUCCCGUUUACAUCCACAGGAAUGGGAUCCAAAGAAAGAGAGUAGUUCUGUCCAAAUUCGACAACUCCAAGCGCGUAUCAUACGUCAGAAAGAACAAAAAUUAAAGUCAUUCCAGCAACGCAUGACACAAAGAGCGGCAGCUCAAUUACCAAUUCUUGCUUCACGUACUGAUUUCUGUCAACGAUUGAUAACCGAAAGAGUAUUGGUGGUAACAGCCGAGACAGGCAGUGGUAAAAGUACUCAAUUACCACAAUAUGCAGCUGAACAUUUUUGUGAUGGUCUCAUCGUUUGUACCCAACCACGUGUGGUUGCUGCAAAGUCAUUAGCUCGUCGGGUAGCCGACGAGUAUGAUGGCGAAACUGAAGGUCACUCUGUGGGAUAUCAAGUGGGUAGGGGUAGUGGGAAAAAUAUGCAUGUACCAGGUACUCGUAUCAUGUUUAUGACCGAUGCUGCUCUAAUUCGUGAAAGUCACUUCAAUCCGACUUUGAGCAAUGUGCGCGUCUUGAUUAUUGAUGAAGCUCACGAACGUGUCUUGAAUACGGACAUUGUUGUUGGUAUUGCCAAAUUACUGUUUAACACACGUCCCCAUGACUUCUUUGUAGUUAUUUCUUCGGCUACGAUCGAUCCGACUCGAUUUUUAGAAUUCUUCGGUCGUCCAUUGAAUCAACCAUUAACAGUACCCGGUCGUCUCUAUGAGGUGUCCGAAGAAUAUCUACCACCACCAAGUGAUUGUAAUGAUCAAAAACUAAUCGAAAAACAUGUUGUUCCUACUGUGCUUCGGCUUUAUCCAAAGCAUCAAGGACAUACACUUGUCUUUCUACAGGGACAACGCGAGAUUGAACAAGCACUGAAACUAUUCAGUUACUCUAUGCCAGAAAGAUGUGUAGCGUUGCCACUCUAUGGAUCAAUGUCGCCUGAAGAACAAGAUGAAGUAUUGAAAUUCGACGAUAACGAUGGGAAACAACGAAUGGUCGUCUUUUGUACGAAUGUUGCUGAAACGUCGCUCACCAUUCAAAAUGUCCGCCUCGUUAUCGAUUCCGGUCUGGCUAAAGAAGCUCGUUUCGACAUAACACGUCGUUUGACAGUUAUAGAAACUGUACGGAUUUCACGUUCAUCAGCAAAGCAACGCAAAGGUCGAGCAGGACGAACCACUACUGGUCAUUGCGUACGUCUCUACAAUGAAAGUGAUCUGAAACGGGAACAUGUUCAACCUGAAAUUCUUCGUUCAUCUCUGGAUCUGGUUAUUCUUCAAAUAGUACGACUGGGUCUUCAUCCAGAAACUUUUCCUUUUCUAGAUCAACCCGAUCCAAUCAUAAUGGCAGGUGCACUUGCUCUUCUUACUCGUUUAUCUUGUAUUGCCAAUGAGACAAGUUUAACAACACGUGGCCAGCUCAUUGCCGAAUUAGCACUCGAUCCUCGUUUGAGUACUUUGAUGAUCGAGAUGUAUACUGAUGUUGGAGGCGAAUACCUUUUAACUCUUACUGCCACAAUAGUUGCUGUUCUCUCAGCACCAGGUUCACUUUUUUUCAUGGGCGGUAUAACGAAAGAAGCCAAGGAUGAAGCGCGUACUCGUGUGGCUAUCGGCGCUCAUGAACACGAUAGUGAUUUGUUUUACUUAUGUGCCGUAUAUAAACGUUGGAAGCAUGCAGGUAUUAUUGAUCGAGUGACCAACACCUGCUUGACAUGUCAUAAAUUGGCCCCACAACGUUUCGAUGCAUGUCGAACAUGCCGAAUACAAUAUUCUAAUGCAAACGGACUUAACAAUAAGAUUCUUCGAAUAAUCGAUAGUUCAUUCGAGUCCUACGUAAAGAUCAUUACGGAUCCACGUUGGAAACUUGCUGCCUGUGACAACAUGUCAACAACGUACAACGAACGCGAUCUGAUUGGAGAACAUCUCUACAAGCUUUUCCCCGAACAACUUGGCCAUCUUCUUGUCUCUCAUCUACCAGACGAAGGUGUACGCCUGAUCAGUAGUAAUAUACGUGCACGAAUCAUGAAAACCAGCGUAUUGUUGCAACGACUUCACGAUCAUGGACAUCAACAUUUUGUGUCGAUGUCGAUUACUCAAUUGCCAACAGGUGACUAUCUUGUCGACAGCCUACAUCCAGUACCAUCUCGAUGCAUAAAUCCAGUGCCUACACGUAUUGUAUUCAGUGCAAACAAAAUAGGUUGGCUGGUCAAUUAUGAAAUGCGGCGAAAAUUCGAUGAGUAUCGCUCAGAAUCGUGGUGCAAAUGGUUGGUCUACGAAUACGACCAAACCAUCUGUCAAGUAAACGUUUGGGGCAUGUAUUUAGAUGAGCAUAUUGUCAAACCGAUUUUACAAUCGGCCUUAAAAGAGGUCUAUUCACAACUACUCGAUAGAACACGGUCACUCGAUUGUGGUCCCAUUCGAGCGUCGUUCAGAAGUGGUUUGAUCUGUACAAAUAUUGAAAAAAUAGACAACGCAUUGCGUCUCGAUCUUCAACAUGUACCAUGUGCCACUAUCGACGAACUUCACUUGUGGCUUCGAACAAAAUUGGGCAUCAGCCGUCAAGAUAUCAAAGAAAACAGUUUUCGAGUCCGUCACAGACGUAUGGAAAAUGAUGACAAUAUUGGCUAUGAAGCACUCCCUUUUCACAUUGUUUUCAAGUCAACUGAUGCUUUUCAAAAGGCUUCGGUACGCAUACCAACGUAUUAUAUUUGCCCAAGAGGUUCAGCAUUGUCUUCAUCAACCACAGGUACAUACAUGGGUGAGAAAGAUGCUUGGGGUCGUCAAUUAACGAUAACUACGGCGCCCGGUGGUAGCGUGCUCAGUGUUGAACAAGUAGCGCGGAAAUUAUCUCCGUGCAUAGUCGACUGUCGAGAACGUGGGAAAAAAAUUCGACCAGCUCAGCUAGGCAUUUAUUUAAGCAAUUUAUCAGUGGAUACUGAUGAAUCUCUUGUACGUCAAGCUCUUCAACCGAUCAAUCCAGUCAAAGUUAGUCUUCGACCACCAAACAACGAUGGUACGGGUUCUUCAUCAGCUCUUAUAUUUUUUGCUGAUGAACAACAACGUCAACAUGCUUGGACCAUCCUUCAAUUCAGUCUAUGUCAACAGCCUACCGUAAUUACAAUUCGCACGAAAAGAAGCCGCUUGCUAGUCCAAAAGAACGUUUUCCCAAAGAUAAGCGACGUUCGGCAGAAGCAAACGCCUUCACAGACUUUCCUGAUAACGGCCACAAAUCGUGACGUAGCAUUGAAACUCUUCAAAGAAAUCAUACCCGAUCAGGAACCAACAUGGCACGUGGACAGCUCAGCCACAAUGACAGUCUUACAGCCAAAUAUCUAUCCAGACUUCGACCAGCUUUUGCAGGGCAUUUGCAAACAGUUUGGAACCAACGUUCAGCAACAAGUCUUAGAGAAGAAACAUCACCAUGGUAUAAAUAGUUAUGGCAUUCGAUGUGUCUUCAGCCAUGCAUCUCCACCAAAAACAGCCCUAGCAGCAGCCAUGCUCGCUCAAGCUACAUCGUCUUUAGUUAUCAAAACAAGUGACUAUCGACAAAAGUGUUUAUUCGAUGAACUGUUCGAGCAAGACUUGAUUCAAACAUGGUCCCGUACUUUAAAUCUAGUCGUAGUUGAGAAAAAAAAUAAGGGGAAUUCAACGAUCGAAAUUAAGGGUCCCCAGGUCCAGAAGGGUCGACUGAUGCGUCAGAUCGCCGAUUAUUCGGAUGAAUUCGACAGUCGAUUUCGAAUCUACGACUUGAGUACGAGAACAGCUCAGUUUUUUGGACGACAAAAAGCGGCGAAUGCCAAAAUGGAUCAAAUUGCUCAGAAGUGGUUAGAUCAAGGUUGUCGUGUUACAUAUCUGUAUAAGACAAAGUCUAUUGCGAUAUAUGGGCAACCGAAGAUAACGCUAGCCACUAUUGAUGAAUGCGACAGAGAGGUCAAACAAAUGCUCUCUGGAAUCACAGUGAGCGAUGAUCUUCUUGGUGAUAACCGACAAUGCUCAUUCUGUGGGCGAAUGUCCGCCUUCAUUAAAAGAUUGCGUCUCUGUGGACAUACUUAUUGUCAUUGUGCUUCGAGUCUAUUAACACAAACUUUUCCGUUGCAAUGCCACGAUGCCAACUGCAAAACAAACAUUGAUAUUUAUGAUCUGCAAGAGAUUUAUGAACCUGAAGAAAUCAUUCAAAUAUGUAAACGAUCACUUCAACAUUAUCUAAUGGCCAAUGCCGAUGCUGAUGAUCGGAUAUUUUGUCCAAAUGGUGAAUGUGAUGGACUGAUCAAGAAAAGUGGAGUUUAUCAGACAUGUCUCACUUGUGGAGAACAUGUCUGUGCCCUGUGUCAUAUUAUCGAUGACGAUCUUCAUGAAGGACGAACAUGCGCUCAACGGAUCAAGAUCAUCCAUGAAAUGGGAGAAUUUCUUCCACGUCUAUUUGAUGCGGGCGAAAAAUAUGCACGUGAGAACUGGCCGCCCAAUUUAUCACCGUUAAUUCGAAUCGAGUAUAAUAUGCGUCUUGCCGAAAAAUGUUUGUCCUUAGAACGUUUUUAUAAAGGUGUAAUCGCUCUCGGCGAUCAUCUACCACCAGAUCUAGCCCGUGGCUUCUUUGCCUUUCACGGAACAGAAACAAAAUCGAUUCUUCCCAUUUGUAUCGAUGGAUUCGAUCCGCGUCGUCGCAAAGGUCAAGCAUACGGUGUGGGCGAAUAUUUUGGUGUUACAGCAGCCAUAUCUGAUGGCUAUUGUCGUACAAACACGGCAAGUGAAAUUAAGACAAUGCUCGUUGCUUUUAUUCUACGCUGUCCUCAAGUCUCUACCAAAGUUGGAUUCUGCCAUGUGGUUAAUAACCCGAUCGACUGGUCUUAUGCCUACAAUUUACCUGUCUUGAUAAUUUCCUAUGGUCAACAAGCUAGCAUUCCAUCAAUUGUAGCAAGUACUCCAUCAGUUAUUAGAAGCAUUCCAUCAAUUGUAGCAAGUACUCCAUCAGUUAUUAGAAGCACUCCAUCAAUUGGAGCAAGUACUCCAUCGACCAUAACGAAUAUUGCAUCAUCGAGUCAAGUGAAAAAGAAAAACUGGCCGAUGUCCUGUCAACUCAUGUAA